GUAUAAUUCUCCCAUUUUAAAAGGGCAAAACAAUCGAUAACAAUAAUUAAAGAAUUCGAAACCAACAAACCAUUGUCUGCGUUCGAAAAAUACGGAGCCGGAGGAAACAAACUGAGAGAACCCUGGUAGUAUCUGGACUUUUCACGAUGUCGACCCUGAUCGCGAUCAGAGACGUGGCUUUGAACGGUGGAGACACGGACGCCUUGUACUCGCCGGCGAAGGAGAAGGCAGCGAACAGAGGCGUCUACAACGGUCGUUCUCCGCUAUUCUACCGCCGCAUACGGCAGUUGCACGGUGGCGCCAAGAUCAAGCUGAUUCUCUCUCUAUUCCUUCUCGGCGUGUUCGUUUGGUUCACUUCCAGACUCGGCUCUUUCAUGGGUUGGAACCCUCAUUAUCCUUCCUCUGUUUCUCAUCCUUCGAGGGGUGGUUACACAGUGCUUAUCAAUACCUGGAAGAGAAAUUCUCUUCUUAAACAAUCUGUUGCGCACUAUGCAUCUUGUAGUGGGACUGAUGCAAUACAUGUGGUGUGGAGUGAAACUGAUCCACCAUCAGAGAAUCUAAAAGCUUAUCUUAACAAAAUUGUAUUCACAAAGUCACAGACGGCUCACAAACCCAACUUCAGAUUUGACCUAAAUAAGGAGGACAAUUUGAACAAUAGAUUUAAACCAAUCGGGGAUCUCAGAACAGAUGCAAUUUUCUCAGUGGAUGAUGAUGUAAUUGUUCCUUGUUCUACCCUGGACUUCGCGUUCAAUGUAUGGCAAAGUGCUCCGCUCACAAUGGUGGGAUUUGUUCCUCGAAUGCAUUGGCUGGAUGAAGAGAAAAAUGGUGUCACAUAUUAUCAAUAUGGAGGCUGGUGGUCGGUUUGGUGGAUGGGCACUUACAGUAUGGUUCUCUCAAAAGCAUCAUUUUUUCACAGGAAAUACCUAGAUUUGUACUCACAUAAGAUGCCCUCUUCAAUUAAUGAUUAUGUAACUAGGGAGAGAAAUUGUGAGGACAUUGCAAUGUCUCUACUUGUUGCGAAUGCCACUGGUGCUCCUCCAAUCUGGGUCAAAGGAAAGAUUUAUGAAAUUGGGUCAUCGGGCAUUAGCAGUUUGACAGGGCAUAGCAACACGAGAAAUAAAUGCCUUAAUGAUUUUGUCUCCCUGUAUGGGAUUAUGCCCCUUGUAUCAACCAAUGUAAAAGCUGUGGAUUCAAGACACGAAUGGUUCUGCUGCAAGUGUGCACAGCUCAAAGCUUCACAGAGAAGAAGGAAAGUGAGCAUUUACCAGGAAACAGGACUCUUCUUUCUUCGGCGAAACUUGGCGGAGGUUUCCGACAGUCAGGUAUGCCUUAUCCUCCUCAUUCUUGAUGCUAAUCACACUUCCUUUUUCUCUCUCAUCAUGCCCUCUCGUCAGUUGUCACCACAGUCACCUCCCCUCCUCACCCGCCACCACCAAAACCAGACUCUCACCCCCCCUCUCGCCGCCUUCUCUUUCCUCCUCCUCCUCACCCUCUGCUUCCGCAAAAGCCGCAAACGUACCGUCCCCUCCCCUUCCUCUCCCAUCUCCUCCAAACCCCCUCAAAACUUCUCCUACUCCUCUCUCUGCCGCGCCACCUCAUCCUUCUCUGCCUCCCACCUCCUCGGCCGUGGCGGCUUCGGCUCUGUCUAUUCCGCAACCCUUAAAAACCACGAAGUAGUCGCUGUCAAGGUUUUGGAAUCUGGUUCUCUUCAAGGCGAGCGUGAAUUUCAAAACGAACUCCUCUUAGCCGGAAAAAUCAACUCUAAUUUCAUCGUCUCCGUCUUAGGGUUCUCCUCUAACCCCAAACGACGCCGUAUGUUACUCGUCUACGAGCUCAUGUCUAAUGGCAGCUUGCAAGAUUGUUUACUUCAUCGCAAGUGUGUUGAAUUGAAAAAUUGGAAGAAACGGUUUUCAAUUGCAGUUGAUAUCGCCAAAGGACUAGAGUAUUUGCAUCAUUGCUGCGAUCCGCCUAUUAUUCACGGUGAUAUAAAGCCAAGUAAUAUGCUGUUGGAUGGAAAUUUUAGCGCCAAGAUUGGGGAUUUCGGUUUGGCAAGGCUUAAAUCUGAGAAUCAAUGUGACAUUGAGAUGAAAAAGGGGAGAAACAUUGCUGAAAGAGUGGAGGACAAUGGAUCUGUAGUUGAAGAUACAGAGAGUGUGAUUACAACUACUUGUUUUGAAGAGUCUAAUGGGGGUGUCGAUCAGUCCCCAGAAAGUUCUGUUAGGGCUUUAGGGGUGGAAGCGUUACCAGAGACUGUUGUGGUAGUAGAGGCUUCACCAGAGGUGGCGGUGGUGUCACCGAGGACAGUGGCAGAAAUGGCCUCUCCAUUGGAGGGUUUUAAAAAGAGUACUAGUGUAUCGGAUGAGAAUCGAUAUUUGGAUAAGGUUAGCAUGGAUAGUGGGAAGAGGAAAAAGAAUAUUUUGGGGAAGGACUGGUGGUGGAAGCAAGAUAAUGGAGGUGGGGAAUCGGGGAGUGUGAAGGAUUAUGUGAUGGAAUGGAUAAAUACUGAGAUUAAGAAAGAUAGGCCCAAUAGUGAAUGGAUUGGUGCUUCGUCGAGUUCAGGGACAGUUGGGAAUAGGGAGAAGAAGAAAAAGAAGAAUAGAAAACAAUUGGAUUGGUGGGUGUCAUUGGAUGAUGAAAAGAAUGUGAAGAGAGAGAAGAGGAGGCCGCCAAGGGAGUGGUGGAAGGAGGAGUACUGUGAAGAGCUUGUCAGGAAGAAAAAGAAGAAGAAAAGGCAAGGAGGGUCAGUUAGUGAUGGCACUGAUUGUGAGAAUCAGUGGCCGAGGGAUGACGAAUUGUACGUCGAUAAAAAGAAGAGGAGUAGGAGCAGGAAUAGUUGGAGCAGUAUGGAUUGGUGGUUGGAUGGAAUUAGUGGUGAGCUGUGGAGAGCUCGGGGGAAGAGUUUUGACUCUGUGUCUCUGAGUGGGGAGAUGGGGAAAAGUAGUAGCACGCCAAGUAUGAGAGGAACUGUAUGUUAUACUGCACCUGAGUAUGGUGGUGGUGAUGAUGUUUCUGAAAAAUGUGAUGUUUAUAGCUUUGGGGUUCUGUUACUUGUUCUUAUUGCGGGGCGGAGGCCACUUCAAGUGACAGGAUCGCCCAUGCCAGAUUUCCAUCGUGCCAAUCUUUUAUCUUGGGCACGCCGCCUUGCCCAUGCAGGGAAGCUCCUCGAUCUGGUUGAUAAGUCCAUUGAAUCUUUGGAUAGAGAACAAGCUCUAGUAUGUAUUACAGUGGCUCUUCUCUGUCUACAGAAGUCACCUGCUCGCCGGCCUUCCAUGAAAGAAGUGGUGGGGAUGCUUACCGGAGAUUUAGAGCCACCGCAGCUACCUGUUGAAUUUUCUCCUUCACCUCCCUCCCGCCACCCUCUUAAACCAUAUAAGAAGGUCCGGUCAGUCCGUAAUGUUCGAUUGCCAUGAAGAGUAUUAUACAGUUGUAGAUCAUUUUCUGCAUCAACUUUGUGGAUGGCUGAUGUAAAAAACAGGAUCGCAAAAUUUCAAUGAACUUGAGACUUUUUUACACCAACUCUUUUGUUGGUACUAAGGUUGCUUAGAUCAAGAUGCUCUUUUUGGUUGCCAUGAUUGAAUAGAAAAUUGAAGACCUGGCCCACUUUUAUUUCUUUUACACCGAGUUUCAGGAACGCCUGGACUACUUGGAUGCCUUUAAAGUGCAGCAAAUACUUUAAGUGGUGAGGCCAUCUUAAUGUGUAAAUUGGUCAGUGUCCUUAAUAUUUGAAUAAACGGUUUGCUUUUUGUCAAUAUUGGGUUCUUGGGUCAGUAGUGAUCCUCUCUAUUUUUUGGUA